CUCCCCUUAAAAUUCUUACUUUGUUCCUCCGCCUUGCUUUUCCCUCCCGCUUCCGACUCCUCCCCCACCGCUCCCCAUGUCGGCGGCGUAGGCGGACACGGCGGAGCCGGCGGCGGAGUGCAGAGGCAGGCCAGGGUCGUAGGCGCUCGCGAGGAGAUGGCGGCGCCCUCCUCUUCAGCCGGGUUCGGGGGCAUGUCGUCGGACAACGCCAAGGGCCUGGCCCUCGCGGUGUCGUCCAGCGCCUUCAUCGGCGCCAGCUUCAUCGUCAAGAAGAUGGGGCUCAGGAGGGCCGCAGACUCCGGCGUCCGCGCGGGUUAUGGAGGGUAUUCUUACUUAGUGGAGCCACUUUGGUGGAUAGGCAUGAUUUCUAUGAUUGUUGGCGAAAUAGCUAACUUUGCUGCUUAUGCAUUUGCUCCUGCUAUUCUUGUCACUCCUCUUGGAGCACUCAGUAUAAUCAUCAGUGCUGCACUUGCUCAUUCCAUUCUACAGGAGAAACUGCACACCUUUGGUAUACUUGGUUGUGUUCUUUGUGUAGUCGGAUCGAUCACAAUUGCACUCCAUGCUCCCCAAGAGCGUGAUAUUGAUUCUGUAAGGGAAGUUUGGGAUCUUGCAACUGAGCCAGCUUUUCUUUCAUAUGCGACUAUAGUAGUGGUGGCAGCCUUGGUUCUUAUAUAUUUUGUUGUCCCUCAACAUGGACAAACAAACAUCAUGGUGUACAUUGGAGUCUGUUCUCUUCUAGGAUCUCUCACCGUUAUGAGUGUAAAGGCCCUCGGAAUUGCAUUGAAGUUAACAUUCUCAGGAGUGAACCAAUUAUUCUAUCCUCAGACCUGGGCUUUUGCUCUAAUUGUUGCUACCUGCGUAAGCACCCAGAUAAACUAUCUAAACAAGGCACUGGACACCUUUAAUACAGCAGUUGUUUCACCAAUAUAUUAUGUGAUGUUUACCUCGCUAACAAUUAUAGCCAGUGUGAUAAUGUUCAAGGAUUGGGAUCGGCAAAAUCCAACCCAGAUUGUCACGGAAAUGUGUGGUUUUGUGACCAUCCUUUCUGGAACAUUUCUCCUUCACAAGACGAAGGACAUGAAUGACAGUACUGGGCCGACUUUGUCUACACGACGCUCAAAGCAUGCUAGUCAGACCGCAUUUGCCAUCGAGGUUCUUCCACUAAAAUAUCAAGAUUGUGUGGAUGACGAGACCUUGCCAUUAUCACUUCCCAAGGCUGAUAAUCACUACCUAAUGCAAGAGCUUCCUCUUAGAUACAAAGACUUGAAUAUUGCCUGAUGGAUAUUCCUUUGGCUACAUGUGGUAGGAACCUCUUAGCAAAGUUUGCCGUGCACAGUUUCAGGCAGGAUUGGUUGAUGAGGAACUGAACUUGGAGGUUUUAUCUCAUCUUUGCUGUUGGAUAGAAUGAGGUUAUGGAAAUUACAAGUUGAUAGUAUUAUCCUUGCUCCUUCCUGGAUGACAAUUUCACCUUUUAUAAGGAGAAACGAGGGAUGAUGUCAAACAUGUGGUCAGUCAAGGGAUGGUUACUCGGGAAUAUCAACCAGUUCUGGAAAACCGGAUGAAGUGUACUUACAUACAGUGGCAUCAUUUAUUAUUAUACCUUUUUUUUCAUUUUUAGACAGUAAAUGCUGCAAAUUGGGCUUAUCUGAUUUCUAGGAAGAUGUUAUAUAGGAAAAACAAACCUCAUUUUUUUUCUUGUACCUAUCUCAUAAAUUGCUGCCCAGUUAGGUGCCAAUUGUUAUCUGUGUAAUUAUCAAUUCAUAUUUUUUGGUAGACAAUCGGCGAACCUAAUUUGCAUGUAUCCAUAAAUAUUUCUUGAGGA